AUGCCUGGGCUUGUCCGCAGAUUGCUGAUCUGGGCAACCGUGGACGGACUCGUCCUCCAAGCCCACGGCCCCGCCGAACAUCACAAGGCCAUCCAAAUCGACUAUAAGCACCGCCAGAUCAAAGAACUCCAAAAGAAUGACGUGGGAGGCAGGAAAGGGCCUCCGCUGGAGGCCCACGGCAUCAUAGGACUGCUUUCGAUUGCAUCAUCCUUCUUUCUCAUUGCCAUAACUCAGCGGGAGCAAGUCGCUCAAAUCUUUGGAAAACCAGUCUAUGUCAUUACAGACGUUGCCCUACUUCCACUAUCCUCCCAGACGGAGGCCGAUCGUGCUGCCACCACUGCUCUCGCAUCCCAGGGAUCCAAUUCCUCGACAUCCGGCUCUGACUCCGAUCUCAGCGACGCCGACGGAGAGGAUGAUGUGGCACCGGAUGAUACAGAGCCUGAGACGCCCAUCGACACCAAACCCAGUCAACGGCGAGGUUCUAGCGCCACCAGCAUUGCUAAAGAUGUCAUCGCACACCGUGGCCAAUAUGGGCGAUUUGCUUCUCACUGGUUUUCUAAGCAAGGCUGGGGGGUCGGACGAAAUAUAAGCAAUCCUCCUGCUUCUUCUAAUCAGAAGGGUCUUUCUGCUGGAGGCCCCUCAACUGCCGGAGGUGAUGCGGCGGCCGCCGCAAAUCUUUCAGACCCCAAAAAUGACCCCCAAGCAGUGAAAGAGGCCAACGACGCUGCUCAGACGCGAGCUACCAGUUCUGUCACAGACGCUCUUCCUAAAAUCCUGCGGACUACGAGGAUGAUCUUGACGUCGGGCAGCUUUUUCUUUGCUUACGAAUUUGAUCUUACACGAAGACUCGCGCUCACGAACGGAACUGUAAAGGCCCCGUCACGGGAGACUCUCGAUCCAUUGUAUUUUUGGAAUCGACGACUGGCCACACCCUUCCUGGACGCCCGGCAGGAUUCAUUUCUCAUGCCAAUAUUGCAGGGCUUCGUCGGCCAGAGAGUGUUUGUUGUUGAAAAAUCAGCAUUCAUGGAUGAACCAUCAGCUCGUGUGGUCUCCGCUGAGCAUGAAAACGAGUCGGCGGGACCUGAACAUGCGAUGAACCAUGCGAAGCAAAGUCUUGCUAGCACGGGUGGGAAUAGACAGACCUACCUUCUGACUUUAAUAUCUCGACGGUCCGUACCACGUUCCGGAUUUCGAUAUCUACGGCGAGGAGUCGACGAUGAAGGGAAUUGUGCGAAUGCUGUCGAAACCGAGCAAAUCCUAUCUUCCGCUGACUGGUCUCCUGGCCGGCGAAUACGGUCUUUUGUCCAGAUACGUGGUUCUAUACCUCUUUAUUUUUCCCAGUCACCUUAUGCGUUCAAGCCUAUUCCCAUGCUUCAUCAGUCGGUGUCGAAGAAUGAAGCGGCCAUGAAGAAGCACUUUCAGGAUCUCAAGAGACGAUAUGGCGGAGUGCAGAUCGCUUCUCUCGUGGAUAAACAUGGUGGGGAGAUCAUCAUUGGAGAUGCCUACGAGAAAGCCAUCCGAUCUUUGCAGGAAUCCGACCCGCUGCAAGACGUCCGAUUCGAGUGGUUCGAUUUCCAUGCAGAGUGCCGCGGUAUGAAGUUUGAAAAUGUGUCCAAACUCGUCCACAAGCUCGAAGAUGAAAUCAUGAGUUAUGAUGAGACGGUUGUAUCAGGGCAAGGCGUCGAGAAAACUCAAUCAGGUAUCAUUCGCACGAAUUGCAUGGACUGUUUAGACCGGACCAAUGUUGCCCAGAGUGCCUUUGGACAGUAUAUGUUGCAGAGAGACUUGGCCAGGGAAGGAUUUGAAAUCGAUUUGCUACAUGAUCAGAGCACGACUUGGUUCAAUACUCUAUGGGCUGACAAUGGAGAUGCCAUAUCUCGGCAGUAUGCAUCCACGGCCGCGUUAAAGGGAGACUUCACCCGAACCCGACGCCGGAAUUAUCGUGGAGCACUAAACGACCUCAGUCUAACCUUGACUCGAUACUACAACAACAUGGUGAAUGAUUAUUUUUCCCAGGCUGUUCUCGACGUUCUCCUGGGCAACAUGUCUUGGAAGAUUUUUGAAGACUUUGAGAGCACGGUGAUGAGUGCCGACCCCGGUAUUUCAAUUGAUCAGGUGCGGGAGACCGCCGUCGAAAACUGUGCCAAACAGGUGAUUCAAGAAAAGGAUGAAGAUCUGAUUCACGGAUGGACGAUGCUGACGCCCGCUCACGAAAACACUUUGCGAACCAUCCCAUUCGAAGAAGCGGUUGUGCUGUUGACGGAUGCCGCUCUCUACUGCUGCAGAUUUGAUUGGACGACCGAGAAGUUGGCUUCGUUUGAGAAGGUCGACCUUCGAACGGUUUCAAAAAUCCGGUAUGGGACGUACAUCACGUCCACAUUAAGUGAACGACAGAUGAAAGAAGAACUCAAUGCUGGCAUAGUCGUCAUGUAUCAACCCGGAACAGAGAGCACCAUUCGAACAAACACGAGGUCUCUACAAAACUAUGUGGCACCAAAAUCCGAUAUGUCUGAGAAUCGAAUUGACGGAGGCACGGGCAUACUCUCCUGGCUGAGUCCGAGCUCGCCUCCAUCGUCCAGGAUUCUAGCAAUGAAAGUGAUUCCCGUCGCCUCGGGUCCGGAUGGAGUCGAUUCCAAUCGAAAUGAGCCAGUUUUGACAAUUGCUGAAAACAUUGCAGAUGAGAUUCGAUGGGCAAUAACCGGGUCCGCAGAUCAAGAGGAAGACCAGGGCAAUCUAGUAGAGCAUCAAGCUAUCAUCUCACUAGCAGAAGCAAAGAAGCGAACAGGAUACCUUGAACAAUUAGGCCAUUCGAUCAAGAAGUUGGUGUGGACAUGA